UAAGUAGAUAUCUGUUUCCAUAUUUGUUGCUACCACAAGUUCAAAGAGUACUCCCACCAUGCUUCCCUCGAUCAGCUCCACCCAAUUUCUGCUCUUCUACCUCAUCCUCCUCUUCGUCCCCUCUCGAACAGUUGCCUACCGGUGGCAAAUCUGCAGCACAAGGGGCGGCAACUUUACUGACAACAGCACCUACGAGUCCAACCUCAACCUCCUCCUCUCCUCCCUCGUCUCGAAUGGUUCCGGUUCUGGCUUCUCUACCGGCACCCUGGGACGGAUACCCAACCGAGUUCAAGGCCUCAUCCUUUGUCGUGGCGAUACUAACGCCACCACGUGCGGUUCCUGCCUUAGCAACGGCGCGGUGGACAUUCGCCAGAUCUGUGCCUACUACAAGGAUGCCGUGGUUUGGUAUGACGAGUGCCUCAUCCGCUUUUCCAACCUGCAGUUCCUCAGCACCUUCGACAACGAGCCGACGGUUGCCUUGGUAAAUUACGACCUGAAGGACGAAGUGGAUCGGUUCAACAAGGUGGUGAAUGAGCUGCUGAGCAGUACGGCCGAUUGGGCGGCGUAUAACUCCACGAAGAGGUACGCGACCGGGCAAGCGUUCAACGUGACGCAGGCGGUUCCAACUAUAUAUGGCCUGGCGCAAUGCACGCCGGACAUGUCGACGAGUGACUGCAGGCAGUGCUUGGAAGGGGUGUUACAGGGGCUCCCACAGGGCCGAAUGGGAGCUAGGAAUCAGGGAGUGAGGUGCAAUAUAAGGUUCGAAACUGGCCCCUUCUACGAAGGCAACCCCAUCAUACGGCUCCUUUCACCAUUGACGAAUGCAACAACGCCUGCGGACAACGCUACAACUCCGGCCUCUGCUCCAACAUCCCAUCCUGCCGUCGGUCCAACCGGGAAAGAAGGAAAAACGAAGAAAACAACUAUAGCAAUUUCGGUAUCCGCAGUGAGCGCAAUACUGCUAAUCUCCAUAUUUUGCACUUGGUACAGGAGAUCGAGGAAGCGGGCAGCGAAAUCACCUUAUCAAACUGACUCGGAGCAGGCCACACAAGUAAUUGAGUCAUUACUAUUUCGUCUACCUACACUUCGAGUUGCAACAGCCAACUUCGCCGAAGCGAAUAAACUUGGAGAAGGUGGUUUCGGUGCAGUUUACAAGGGACUACUGCCGGACGGACGAGUAAUAGCGGUCAAGAGGCUGCUGAACUCUGGGCAAGGACUUGGAGAGCUUAAAAACGAGCUGCUUUUGGUUGCUAAGCUCCAGCACAGGAAUCUUGUAAAACUUCUGGGCGUUUGCUUGGAGGAAGAGACGAUGAUUGUGUAUGAAUAUCUGCCCAAUGCAAGCCUGGACAAAUUUCUGUUUGAUGCUGCAAGAGGCAAACAGCUGACUUGGGGAAUUCGAUACAAGAUCAUUUGUGGAAUUGCUAGAGGCCUGCUUUAUCUGCACGAGGAAUCUCAACUAAAGAUCAUACAUCGAGAUUUAAAAGCCAGCAACAUCUUGUUAGAUGCAGAUAUGAACCCCAAGAUCUCAGAUUUCGGCUUAGCGAAGCUUUUUGACAUUGACCAGACUCAAGGCACCACCAAUCGAAUCAUGGGAACCUUUGGAUACAUGGCUCCGGAGUACGUGAUGCGAGGCAAGUUUUCGAUCAAGUCAGACGUAUUCAGCUUCGGUGUUCUAGUUUUGGAGAUUUUGACAGGAAGAAAAAGCAAUGAUUCCUACAAUCCAGAAGUUACUGAAGUCCUUCUAAGCUAUACAUGGGAGAAAUGGCAAGACGGAUCAGCCUCGGAGAUAGUCGAUCCAGCCUUGGGUGGUCACUACCAACAAAGUGACCUGUUAAGAUGCGUGCAGAUUGGGCUAUUAUGUGUUCAGGAAAAUCCAUCCGAUAGGCCAACUAUGUCAACGAUAGUUGUGAUGCUCAACAGUGAAACUGUCUCUCUCCGAGCUCCUUCACAACCUGCAUUUUAUGUGGGGAACGGUGAUAGGGUUGUUACAAUGUCAAUAAACCAAGUUUCAAUGUCAGAACAAGAAUCACGAUAGAAAUAGAAGGACAAUGUUAAUCCUCCUUCAAGAAUAAGGGCCAUUGAUGCGUGAAAAUGUAAUAAAUAUUUUCCUUGUUUUAUGUGACAUUAUUGUAAUAUGCAAUUACAAGGCUAUACCAUUAGAUCUAAUUUUGGCUUCCAAACU